UAGCCCAACUUUCUAAAUCGUGACGUAUUCAAGUAAAGAUGGCGGCUCUGAGAAAUUUCUCUGUAUGUUUGCGCCUGAAAACCGGACCCUUAAGUGCUGGGUUUUUCAGAGAGGUCUGCAAACCAAUUCUGUCACCUGAGAGGCGAUAUGCCAUUAACACGGCAGUGAAUAACCUACAUUUUAAACUCGAUGAGCGGACGGCACACAGUAGCUUGGACCUCUUCAAGAAGGACACGGGUGUCAUCUACCGUAUUCUCGGUUUGGACCCAAGCCUGGUUAUGGAUAACCCAGAGCGGUUCCGGGACUGGGCUGUGGUGUUUGGAGAUUGCCAGGUCACAAGUGGGCGCCACUACUGGGAGGUGACUGUACGCAAAUCGGAGGAGUUCAGGUUGGGGGUUGCUGAAGCAGGGAUGGCAAGGGAUGAGUGUGUUGGCACCAACAGCAGCUCCUGGGUCUUUGCUUACUCUCAGCGGAAGUGGUACGCCAUGACUACCAAUAAGAUGGUGCCUUUGUCGGGUGUGGGCAAGCCCGAUCGUGUGGGCCUAUUGUUGGAUUAUGGGCUGGGCCUCUUGGGACUGGUGGAUGUCCAUAAGCCCCAGGUGAUUCACUCGAUUCGGGCUCAGUUUAGGGCACCCCUUUGCCCUGCAUUCGCACUUUGGGAUGGAGAGUUGCUCACACACUCUGGUUUGGAGGUUCCACAGGGUCUGGACUGAUGACAGGGCGUUUUCCAACGAAAUGUCCAGGAAAAACCAAUUGAGGAAUGGGUCAGCAUUGCAGCGGGACUCAGUAUGGGAUGAGAAAAAUGAGAAGAGAAUGUAUAUUGUGACUGUCUUGGCAGUGUGAAAUGGACAGAUACAGGAGUGGCAUUACAGUGUUGUCACAAGCUCCCCACAAAGCAAAUAUCAGCCCCAGCACAAGGGGUCAAGCUUGGUUCAGAAAAUGAACUCACCCUGCAUAAACUGGCAACUGGGCACACAGCAAUUGAUUUUCUGAGUGCUUACCAGGUUCAGAUGUUGUAUUUACUUAACUGCGAAAUGUGAAAUGUGAAAUGUUUAAAGAAAUUGAAAACAUUUAAAACUACAUUAUAGGUGUUGCCUGAGGCUAGUAUUCAGGGUUGAAAAUUAAGAAAGAGAUGUUUUGUGUUGUAAAAUCAAAAUGAAGGCAAUAUGAAUGUGGAAUCUUUCUUGGACCUGAUAAAAUGGCUUAAUAUAAACAACUGUACUUUGUUGGUCUUUAUAUUGAAAUAUCGUUUUUGCAUGCAUUACUUCUGGUUUAUUGCAGUGAAGGCUCUGCCAUUUAUAAAAAAAGGCAAGUGAAAAUGGAUAUUCUCUUUUGGAAUAACAUCGAGCCGCCAAAUAAUGUAAUCAAAGUGUCUUUAUAGAUAACUACAGACAGAGUAAAAUUAUGUAAUAUAAUAGAAACAGAUAUAGAGGUGGAAAGUUCAAGGCAAAACAGAUAUUUAUGUACCUUUUAGUUGCACAGGAAAAACAACAGUUCAGCUACUCGUACCUGAAUAAGCUCUCUUGGGCUGAUGGUUGGUAAUCUAUGCCAACCAAAUUGCCCACUUUCUCUCUUUGUUCUUUUUAGACUGACUGCAGCUGUGCAGAUCAAAUUCAGUCUUCAGAAGAUUAUUUGAAUAUCUAGCUACAUGACUAUUUUAGAUGGUGUGAACCUGACAAUACCUAUGUAGAAUUCAACCAGUGGUGAGCCCAUUGAAAUGCAGCUGAAACCAGUGAAAUAAAAUUGGUAGGAAGAAGGCUUUCUGUGAGUUAGUUCAUCAUUAAAAAAAUAAUAAGAAAUGAUUGAUUUAGAUGGGGUCCAUAAGCCAGGAUUUAUCUGUUUAAUAAUGUUAAGGGAGCUCUAUCCUGGAGCCUCACAAGAGUAUGAAAGGGAUGCAUUGCUCUUGAGACUCAGGACUCUAAAAUGAUACAGAAGCAGUCAAUAUACUCUUUCUUGGCUUUAUUAAGACCUUCAUAAAAUCUUAACUUGAACCCACUACCCUUGGCUUGAAAGCAGCAAGGUUCGGUUGGUUUAUAUAUAAGGACAGAAAGGGCAACUACUGGUUACUAUCUCACUUGAUACUGUUGCAUUCUGAUAACAUUUCUGGACUCCCACUGCACCUCGGCUCACAUUGCCACUGGUUAAUUUGCCUUGCCAUGGAGACUAAAGUGUGCUAUAUUUUUCUGGCACUCAUUUCGGCUAUGACUGGCAUGAGUCAGCCUCUCCUGGAUUUUGAAAUUGAUGAAAAACUGCAAACUGUUACUGAGGAAAACCUUGUGGAUCAGCUGGCCAAGUUGCUGGUAAGAUAUUUUUUCUUUCUUAAAUACAUAAUGUGUAGGUAUUGCAAACUUGGUAUCUCCCAAUAAAGGGCAACCUAAGAUAGAAACUAUUAUUUUCUUACACACUACCCAUUGUCUGCUGUUUUGACUUAGAACUCCAAUUUUUUUUUUAUCAGAAAAAAGAUCUUAUGUUCAACAUUAUUAUACUUUAGUGUAGAUGUAUCUGAUGGGAAAAUAAUAAUGAGCAGAAGUCCUCUCUCCAGUGCUCUAAUUGUGUGAUUGGUCAAUGCAUGAACAGCACAAUAACAGAAACCAAAUGUAUUUUAGGACCGUGAAAAUCAUGGAAAUUCUGAAGUAAAAGAGUAUAUCCUGACUCUCCUGCAGUCUUUUUUCCAAAAAUCCUCAAGUCGUGAUCCUGGCCGUUCUAUAUCCUACCAGGCAAAGAGGUCAGUCCCAUACAGCCCAUAGCAUAUGGUAAAUUCCAUGGUCAUAGAAAGCACUUGUGAAACAUGAUAGCAGUUGCUGGUAACAAUGUAACUUAAUGUCGUCUUCUGAGUGAAUGUCCUUAGUGACAAGAGUGUCACUCGGGAUUUGUGAAGCAUUUACUAGGGAGGCCUGUCAUAAAUGAAAAUGAAUGAGAACACUAUUUAAGCCGAUUAUGAACAUUUAUUUGGAGGGGAUAAAGAGCAUUUUAGAGGGUGAAAAGCCCCCGAUUAGUGAUGCAAGGUUGGCUGUUUGAAUGCUUCUUUGCCAUUUGUAUCCAGGUCCGUACGUGAAUCAAUGGCUGCUGUGAACGGCAAUGGAUUCCUCCCGCAGUUUUGGCAAAUGGCGAUGCCGCAAAGGUUUGGAAAAAAGUAACAUGGCUUUCAAACCCACAUAAAGUCCAUCCAUUCUGUUUGUUUUACUCAAGACUGGUGGACGGAAGGCAAGCAGCAAAUUAACAUAAGCAAAUGAUCAUACUUUGUAUAACAUUCAACUUGCACUUCCAAUAAAGCUUGAAAAUUA